AUGAGCACUGACAACGACAAUAAGGACAGUGACGAUUUUGCAGACGAAAAGGAUAAUGAUAUUCCGCUCAAAAAGCCUAAAGGAAAAUCUGCCUCUAACACGAAAACGAUAAAACGAACGGGCGACGAAGAGAAAGAUGUAGAUGAAAGUGCGGAUGUGGACGAAAACGAUGGCAGGAGGAGAAAACGUUCGUUGCUCGUCGACGAAGGUGAAGCCGGACAUGAUGUGGAAGCGGGAGUGGAUCACGAAAUUAAAAAAACCGGGAAUAGUCUCGCCUCGAAAAAAUCCGUCGCUCAGGGAAUGAUGGACAUCGCUUUGAUAACAGCGAACGCCAACCAAUUGCGGUAUAUGGUCGAAUACAAUCAGCACAGCUCGACCUUCUACGUCAACAUCAUCCUCAUAUCCAUAUCUUUAAUACUGCAACUCGCCAUGGGAAUAAUUUUGAUAUACAAAACUUGGCUGUACAUGCAAGGAAAAUCGAAACAACCUGAGGCGAAGAGACUUAAUAUUUACGUAACGGCGGGAGUGUUUGUCAUUACUAUCAUAAAUGUUUUUAUUGCUAGUUUUACGGUCACCGGUGCUCCGCCGGUUGCGUCCAAUAAGCGAUAA